AUGAUUACUGCUAAAGAUAUUGAUGAUAAUAAUUAAUUAAUUAAAAAAAAUCUAAACAAUGAUUAAAAUGAUGAUGAAGAUGAAGAUGAAGAUGAAGAUGAAGAUGAUGAAGAAGAUAAUGAAGAAUAUUAUGAAAAUUAAGAGGAUAAUAAUUAAUAAUUUGAUAAAGAGAAUUAAAAUGCAAAUGAUAUGGACGUAGAAUGA